CCUUUCAUUGUAUUGACUAUUGACUGAUUCUGAACACAGAAUAAUGUAUAAAACUAAUUUAACAUUUAAUUGUCUUAGUUCAUCUUAAAAUAUGUUGUAGCAUAUCUUAGUUUAAGUGUAAUAAUGUCCCCGUUUACGUAAAAGUGAAAGAAGACAGCCCGUCGAGUGCUACGCGGCCAUUUUACUUGCAAUGCGGCAACGGUGUACGGUCCGCCAUUGGAAACGGCCAGUGUCUUUUUCUGUGUGUAAGAUUUGUAUUUUGUCGAUUUGCUCGGCAUAGAAACAAAGGUUAACCAUGUGUGAUAAAAGUGUAGUGCGGACUUUAGUGUAGUGAAGCACGGUGGUCGGGUGUUUCGAAUAAUGUGCGAACGAUGGAAAACGAAGUGAAGCAGCGCAAUCAGAGAAAUAGGCGAAGGGAGCGGGCCCAGCGCAUGCAAGCACAGCGAGAGAGUAAAGUUAAGGAUGGGGACAGCGGCGAGGACGAGUCUCCGGCGAGAGAAAAGCCACCUCGUCCUCCAGCCAGGCGGAAAAAGUCGAGGGAACCCCUCGGAGAGGAGGAUAUCAUCGAUGGUUUCGCCAUAAUGGCAUUUCGCACCUAUGAAGAUCUCGAGGCUGCCGUAAAAUGCGUUUCCUCACCCCGAACCAUCGCGCUGUCCACCAAACCCCGGUUACCGUUGGCUGCGCUUGCAGGCGACGCAGUCCGCAACCAUACCACCAGCAACGUCAAUUCACAUGGUAUAACGCUGCUUCAAGACGCUGGUACGUCGGAUGAUAGUGGACGGGCAUCAGAAAGACUCACGGGCAGUUCAGUGGCACCCCGGGAUCCCGAUUCCUCUCGCGACCGACUUAGCGAUGCCAGUAGCCGCUGUAGUUCCGGAAAAGGCUAUAUCUGUGAUAGUGAAGGCGACGACGAUAAGGCGAGUCCAGAAAAUAGCAGAAAUGCAUCCCCUAGGUAUCACGAUGCAUCGAUGGAUGAUGCAUCGGACGCCGGGUCUCUGUUCCGGGUGACGGGCGCGGGUGGCGGUGGCGGCGUCAAGAACGAGCUGGUGGCGCGCGGCGGCAGCGGCGGCGCGCUGGCUCUGUCCCGCGCGCCCGUCGGCGGCAGCGCGAGCCCGGCACCCGCGCCGCUGCCGCAGCCCGCGCCCUCGCCGGCGCCGGCCGCGCUGCCGCCACCCGCGCUGCCGCCGCCGCCCUUCCGCGCCGACACGCCGCACCGCAACAACGGCGCGCACAUACCUGCACUCGACGGCCAAGCCGCCACGCAGGUUCCCGCGCGGCCCGUCGGCGCCGCCGGGGCCGACACGCCCGAGCGCCCGGCCAGCAACAACAAGCUGCAGACGGGCGCGCGCGCCGCCGCCGACAGUCCGACGCCCGCGCCGCCCGCCCCGCCCGCGCCCUCGCCGCUCUUCCCCUCGCACACCGCCUACCAGGCGCACGCCGCCGCCGCGCUGCCCGACUACCGCCACACCAACCACGAGACGCGGACCGAGCCACCGCAGCCCGAGCCGCCGCACGCGCCGCUCGACCUGCACGCACACCAGCCCGCGCCGCGCCCGCCGCACCUGGUGCCGACGGCGACGCCCGCGCCACAUCCUAGUCUCCCGAACCGCGGACCCCACUCUCAACCUCACCCUGUGAUACCCGGCCACGACGUCCGGAAUGCGUCGCCGGCGCAAGCGCAGGUUCAUCCUUCCGUUCCUACCUCGUUCCCCAACCGCAUCGUGCCGAAUGGCGUGCCGCAGAGCGUGGCGUCACAGACGCCGCCCGCGUCCGCUCCUAGCAGUCUUCCGAGUCAAACGCCUUCCGGCCGACCGUCGUCUCCGGCGGCCCCGAUCUCCCGCCCUUUCGCCGCCCCGUCUAUCGGGUCUAGUCAUGUAAACUCGAAUAUAAGUUCCAGUAUUCACAGCCAUUCGAUACCCUAUCCGGGUCAAUCGAGUUUACAGAAACAUUCCGUGCAGCCGAUGUACGCGAGUCGACCCUCGCAUCACACGGCGUUCAGUGUGGCCAAUCACAUAUCGGCCAACCACCUGCCGUCUACUACGAAUCCGCCGGCCGCAAUGCAUUUCACUCAUCCACUCAGUAGCCAUAGUAUCAUGAGCCACGCGAAUAUUCCAAUGAGCGGUUCCAACCCGCUGGCGACAUCGACGCCGAAUCACAUGAGUGCACCACAUCUAUCGAGCACCACGACCACGAGUACAAUGUCGAGUUUCACGCCGAGUAUAAAGCAUCCUGGUUUAAGUUUACCUCCUCAUCCGUCGUCCUUAGCGCCGGCGGUCACGUUGCAUCAACCUAUGAAUAUAGAUCCCACGCCGAUUUCAAGCGCUCCAACGGUGCUAACUCCGGCGUCUAGUAGCAGUAGUGUAAACAGUCACUCGAUAGUACCACCGAUAGUAGAUUCGCGGCCGGUGCCGGUUCCCGCCAGCGAGAUACCGGCACGAAGCGAAAGUGCCACCGUGAGUUCCGCAAUGGCGCUGAACGGUUACCCUCCUCCGGCCGUGUACUCGGGCGGUUCCUAUCCCACCUUGUACGCUCCUUAUGCUCCUACACUCCAACAUAGUCCCUACCUUCCGCCAUCUGCCGCAUCUCCGAGAAAUACUGCUGAUGCGCGGACGAGCCUGUCGGCGUCGCCGCUGGUGGCGCCCAAGACGCCGAAGGGCGUGCGACCGCACACGCCGGGCUCGCUGGCCGCGCACGCGCCGCUCUCCUACUCGCCGCGGGGGCAUAGCCCCAGCAGGGAGCGAGAGAGUUUCAGCAGCAACAUCAGCAGCCUGUCGCGCAGCACGGUCGCGUCGGGCGGCGCGUCGUCCGCGCCCACCGUUUCGUCGGCGCUCACGGCGCCGCUGGCCGCGCCGCUUGUGGCUCCGCUCGCCGGCCCGUUGCCUGCACCUUUACCUGGUCCAGUCCCAACGCUGGGCGUGUCAAGUACGCUGGGCCCGCUGUCGACGGGGCUCAGUGCGCUGGGCGGGCUGACGGGGCUAGCGGCGCCCACGCCCACGGCGCCUACGCCCGCGCCGCACCUGGCGCACUCGCUGGCGCCUGUGCCCACCGUGCCCAGCAUCAGCUCCAGCGCCAAGCCGCCCGCGCACUGGGGGGUAACCAGGCCCACAGGCGCGGAGCGGGCCGGCUUUGCCCCCGCACCGCCUUUGUUCGGCGCGCCGCUGCCUCCGCCUAACCCCAACCCUUUCUCCGCAGAAUCACUAUUCCAAACUAGUCCAGGUGCUGAUCUCCUCCGGCGGGAACUGGAUAACCGGUUCCUGGCGGCGGCGGGCGCCGUGGGCGUGCGCACGGAGCUGCACCACCACCAGCACCAGCACACGCACGUGCAUCAGCACCCUCCCGCCUCGCACGCGCCGCACGCUGCGCACGCGCCCCACGCGCCGCACGCGCCGCCCGCGCCGCACCACCCGCACCAGCUGCUAGUGCCUCAUGCACCAUUGUUCAAAGAUGUUGGGAAAAUGACGUCACUAUACCGAACCGGUCUCAGCCUUGGCUACCCGUACUCUUCCAGCCUGCUGCACCCCACGGCGCCCUACGUGCCGCCCGCGCCGCUCACUACUUACGCCCCUAAGCCCGUAGUGUCAGCCGCAAGCGACUCCGCCACUAAACCACCACCACGCCCCGCUGCCGCGAAAACCGGCAAAUGGAACGCGAUGCACGUACGGAUCGCCUGGGAGAUCUACAAUCAUCAGCAGAAAGAGAAGACCGGCGGCGCGGCCGUGUCCAUCGGCGGCGACAAAGACAAGCUGCGCGCCUUCCCCGCGCCCGCGCCGCCGCCGCCCGCCUACCGCUCGCCCUACGAGCUGCCGCCCGCGCCCUACCUGCCGCACCACGCGCCGCUCGGCAUGGUGCGCUAUCCCGCGCGGCCCGCGCUGGCGCCGCCACCCGACCGCCACCUGGGCGUGUCGCCCUUCGCGCGCUACGGCGCCGCCGCCUUCCCCGGCGCGCCGCCCUUCGGCCUCUCCGCCUACGGCCGCGAGCUGGCGCUGUCCUCCUCGCUGCACGGCCUGCACCACGCGCCGCCCAUGUCGCUGCACGACGCGUGGCGCGGCGUUCGCCCGCCCGUGUCCGCCGCGGCCGAGGUGCGCCGCGAGCACGAGGAGCGCGAGCGCGCCCGGCGCGAGCGCGAGGAGCGCGAGAGGCGAGACCGCGAGGAGCGCGAGCGCCGGAAGCUGCGCGAGCAGCGCGAGCGCGAGAUGGAACGCGCGCGGACGCGGUCGCCGCUGCGCAACGGGGUCCCGGAGCCUCCCAAGGACGAGCGCAAGGAGCCGCCGCGGCCGCCGCCCUCGCUGCCCGCCUACCCGCCGCCCUCGCACUGGGACCCGUACCGGUUCGACCCGCUGCAGCACAUGCGGUUCGCACCGUUUGUGGAGGCGGCGAUUCGCGCGGAGGAGGACCGCGCCAAGAUGCUGAACGCGUACGCGCACCACCAGCAGCUGAAGUCGAGCCCGCUGCUGCACCGCUCGCUGCCGGGCGGGCCGCUGCCGCCGCUGGGCGCGCACGCGUCGCUGGCGCCGCUCGCGCCGCUCGACCUGCUCAAGAAGGAGGAGCCGCGAUGAUAGCAGGCGCCCGCGACCGCCGCCCCCCGUGUACAUAGCGAGUGACAGUUUAGUUCCGAGUGUAUCGUUUCGCAGUAUCGGUUUAGAGAAUUAUUUAUUGUAACGUCGCUUGCGGAUGUCGGCCGCGUCCGGCGCCCGUCGGCCGGUGUCAUGUGCAAUAGAGGACGAGAGCGCGGCCGUCGCCGCCGGCCUGUACACUACUGCUUGUUUAUUUACAUGGAAAUAUCUAUCGAGUUGUUAUUGUGACCAUAAUUAGUUAAUUAUACAUUAAAGCGCUGAAUUAUGUGAAGGAUAGGAUUGUCGGAAUCGCUAUCGAUAUAAUUAUACAUAUUUAUAUAUACCUAUAAAUAAAAUGUAAAUAUUAGUUGUAAAUUAGUGUUAAAAUAUAGAAUCGGUUUAUUUAACGUCAUAUGAAGGAAAAAAACCCAUAAAUUAUUAUUCUAUCGGAAGUUUAAUUUAUACUUCCGUUAAAAAUCUCAUAAUGGUUUUUCUAUUGUACCAGUGGAGGAUUAUUUAUUUAUUUAUACUUAUUUCUCUUUUCUAGUAGACUUGAGAUACAGUUUUUUUUAAAUAGUGGUUGACAUUUCUUAAUGCAUUUAAAAUGUGAUAUUAUUAUAUUGUGAAAUACAUUUUGUCUGACUUCAGAGUAGUGUAUUUGCAUCUAGAUAAUGUAAUAAUCAUGUUAUCUACUUUGUAACUUAUUUCCGUGUUAGUUUGUCUAAUAAUGCAACUCUGUAAAACAUUGAUUUAAUGGUUUGUCUUAGUAAACUCGAUAUGUGCCAUUAAAGCUAACAUUAAUGGACUAAGUCAGACAAAAUUGAAAUUAUGAUUAUUAGAACCUGUUUUAAGGCACAUUUGAUGAUUGUGUUCUCAUGAUUUCAUGAAGGGUAACUCAGAAGUGUAUUAUAGUUUAUACAAAAAUCAUUCUGUAUACUAAAAAUAAAUGAAAGCUUGGUGCGAUUCAGAAAAUACCAUUAAAACUUUUGAUUUUUAUACCAA